AUGCUGUCGGUUAAGCCGUUGGUCGUCAAUAUAGUAUCAUGGGUUCUUGCCGCCAUUGCAACCGGAUUCGUUAUUCUUCGUUUCUACAUGCGUAACCGAAAUGCUCGAUUCGAAGGUUAUAAGCUCCGAAAUUGUCGAUGGAGAGCCAGCGAUUGGAUUAUAUCUAUCACCAUAUUCUUCAUAUACCUCGCAAAUCUCUCUGAUACAAUAACGGUGGUAAUGGAAAAUGGCCUCGACGAUAUGAACCUCAUCCCUGAUGUUAAUGACCCUCGGUCAGCUUACCACGUCAUGUCCCCCGGCCCGCUGAAAGCUUUACUGAAGAUUCUGUUUGCAUCAUUGUUUCCUUACUAUCUCAGUUGGUGGGGGGUGAAGAUCUAUUUGAUAGUAUUGUACUACAAGCUAGUACCGCAGUCUGCGCUUCCGAAGCACAGAAUUGCACUGCAUUGCCUUGCAGUGUUAACAGUUACGGCGGGAAUUACGAUGGUGGCGGCAAAUCUCUUUUGGUGUCAUCCAAUCGGGCUGAAUUGGGAUCUGUACCCAACAAAGGAGAAGAAUUGUCUGGCGUAUUUUUCAAGGGGGGCGUUUGUCGUUACAGUUAGUCUACAUUGCUCGACAGAAGUUCUGAGUAUGUUCUAG